UUAUAUAGCUCGAAUUGUUUCAAAAUCUCUCACUCGCGUUUUUCCUUUGGAACUCAAAACUUCAGGCUUUUGCGUUCAUUCGAAGACUGACACAAUGGCUACUGCUAAAUUUAAGGACGACUCGCCUUACCUUAAAAAAACCCAGCCCGCAGCUGAGGAUUACCUCUACGCAAAAUACGUGAAGGAUUGUGCUAUGAAAGGUGACAAAUCAAAAGAUCGCGUCAUCGGAGUCGCGAUUUUCGGCUUAGGUCGCGCUGGCACCAUUCAUUUUUCAAACUUAAUUAACAACAGUCGUGCAAAAAUCUUAUACAUCGUCGAUGAUUUGGAAUGUAAAUCGGCCGACAUCAAGCAGUACUGGAACCUUGAAAAUGUCAUUAUUCUCCACAGUAAAGAUGCUGAUCGCGUUUACAAAGAUCCAAAGUAAGUGUUAAGUAACUGAUAAAAUUUCUUACAAUU